GAAGAUCGCGGCGGAUGAGGCUUUCCCAAUCAAUUCCCGAAACGUUCUUGUCGUGCGCCGUCGGUAUGGUUUCUCUAUCCAGAGCGACGCGGUCUUUCGUCGUUUCCGUUCUUCUCGUACUCCCUCUCUUGACGCUGGUGGCAAGUUCUUCAUCCAUUUCGACGAGCCCUGUGGCCAUCAGUCCAGACUUUGUCAACAACAAUGUCGACCGCGUCUUGGAUCUCUCAAAUCCUUCCAUCGUUCGCGAGCAAACGACUCUUGUGGUGCAGGGGGCAAAGAAGGGGGGAUCAGAUGACUACGUUUUUGCUAUUCCAUCGGAUGUGGCCGACUUGAGUUUGGCCCUGUUAGAAGUGGCGGAGACAAAGGGAAAGAACGACAUCGGAGAAAAGCUGCAACUCAGCAAAGACCAGUAUGAUGUGAAAAGAGCUGCACAGUACUACAAAGUGAAAUUGCCACGAAGUUUGAAGGAGGGGGAUACAAUUCAAUUAGGUGUAUGGGCGGCCUUCACACAUUUGGUGCGACCAUAUCCAAAGGAAGUAUCCCAGAAAGAGAAGCAAUUCUUAGAGUUUCUCGGGAACGCAUACUUUUGGAGUCCAUAUCACUCCAAACAGCAGAAAACCAUCGUUAAAUUGCCUAAUGACGAUGUGAUAAGCUUUAAAGAGAAGCCAGAGCCAGUUUCCAAGGCGGGCAAUGUGAUUACGUACGGCCCAUACGCCGAUGUGGGACCCUUUUCACAUGCGGAACUGUACGCUCACUACCAGGACCCCAAAGCUAUCCUGGUUGCCAAAACAUUUGAAAAGAGAAUGGAAAUCAGCCACGGGGGUGGCAAUCUGGGAGUGCAAGAGGAUUAUGAAUUACAUCAUGAAGGUGCCAAAUUGAAGGGACAUUUCUCGCGCGUUGACUUCACCUUCAGUCAAUGGACUCACCACCAAACCAACGUGGUGAAAGAUUUGGUCAUCACAUUGCCGCCAGACGCAAAGCAUGUUUUCUAUCGCGACACCAUUGGCAACGUAUCGACAUCACAUUUUCGCAACGAACGGCAACGCUCUAUUCUCCACAUCAAACCCAGAUAUCCGCUUUAUGGUGGUUGGAGAUAUACCUGGCACCAUGGAUAUAAUGUGCCCAUAACGUCAUUCUUAAAAAAAGACUCGAAGAGCGGUCAGUUUGUAUUUCGUGCCCCAUUUGUCGGAGGCUUGUCGAAUGUUACUAUUGAAAGGGCUGUCGUUAGCAUAGUUCUGCCGGAAGGAGCGCAGAACUACAAAGUACACACACCGUUUCCAAUGGACCGGACGUCAGAGUACACAACUUUCACCUACCUGGACACAACUGGACGACCAAUGAUAGUACUUGAGAAGCACAACGUUGUGGACGAGCACGCCGCAUCAUUUGUUAUCACGUACGACUAUGCUUCGUAUCGCUAUUUGCAAAAGCCCGUCGCCAUCACAGGCGCAGUUCUUGGCCUUUUCUUCCUUGCAGCCGCAUAUAGUAGGCUCGAUCUUUCCAUUACAAAGGACCCCAAAGCUGAGCGGGAUGCUCUCCUCCGGUUAUACCGCCAAACUGUUCGCACAGUUGCCAAUGGGGAACCCCGCCUCAUCACCAAGAUUACGUCGGUCUUCCAAUCAUUGAAAGCUGAAAAGCGACUGGCUGAAUACAGCGAAGCGACCUCGGAGAUUGAGGAAGAGGUGAAAGCGGGAUGGCAACGUUUGACAACUAUAGCGAAGCAGGCCGAAGGAGGCGAUGUGAAGUUUGCCAGCGACAUCCGUAAGCUCCAUGAUUUGCAACAGGACCGCCUACGUAAAGUUAGGGCAAUGCAUGCAGAAGUUGUGAACCUCGCAAAGGGGAGUGGUACAGUGGACGGACAGAAGAGAAAGGAGUUGACCGCGGCGCUGGGGAGAUAUGAGGAAGAGCUCGAGGAGCUGAAUGAGCAAAUUGAAGGACUGCUAGAGGAAAAGUUUGCUGAUUAAGAUUGUGCAAUAUGAUUAUGCUCCAUCUCAUCUUCUUUAAGGCUGGGGCUCGCUAUUACAAUGAAAUUCUGCAAAUCUGCGAUCA